AUGGCUGAUCCGCUGUCUCUUCUGCGGCAGUAUCACAUCGAGAAGAAGGAGAUUGUGGAACGCAACAACAUGAUCAUCUUUGGCGAGUACUGCUGGUCAAAGGACGUCAAGACAAACUACCAGAUUUACAGUUCAAAACAGCAUGAAGAAACAACCAAAAGCUACUACACGCUGGAGUGUCUGGUGUACUUUCUCAACAACCUUUCAUUGCCUCAUCCUGUAUAUGUCAAAAAUGCAGCCACUCUCAAUAUCCCUAUUGUACAGCGACCUGACAGAAAAGAUCUGCUCAGCUACUUGAAGGGCGAAGUCAGCACAUCUCAGUCAAUCGACAAGUCCGCUCCCAUUGAGUUGCCUAAAACAGUGCAGCAAAACUCUGUCAGUUCAUCAAACAGCCUCAAACCGCCGAGCACUUCAAGUCGGUAUGGCGGUCCCAGCGCAAUCUUCGAGCGCGAUGUUGACGGUCAAGCCCCAAGGAAGAUGGCCCGAAUGGAUGAGAUGGAAACUAAUCGAAUAAAGAAACUCAAAGAUAAACUGGAUGCUACUAAAUCUCGACCAUCAGGAUUCACCGUUAGGGACGUUCUGGGAACUAGAUCUAGAACUGAUGAAAAUGUUUCCUCAAUUCGGGAAGCACUUGGAAACGAUCAGCUUAACGCUUUAAUUGCGAAACGUAUUGCCAAGAAACGUAGCACAAUUAUUGGCGACAUCGACGAGGAGCCUGCAGAGCUAACAGACAAAAAGUCAGAAAAUAAACAUUUGGACCCUUCCACUGUGCGAUAUGAAGCACAGUUUGCCAAAGAUCUCCGCAGCAAGGAGCGCGUUUGGAGAAAUCGCACAAACAUACUUCAGUCAUCGGGAAGGAACUUUCAAAAAAGCAUCUUUGCCAUGCUCGCCACUAUCAAGGCUCGUGAAGAGGGCGGCGGCUCGAUUCGCAAGCCCGGCAUUCCUGGAGCUCGUGGCCCCUCAAUGCUUCCUCCCAUGUCUGGUCCUGGUGGGCCGAUGGGCGGCGGAGUGCCACCAGGCAUGGGCGGACCGGCGUCCGGCACUGCCGCCGGCGGUGGUGCGCCCCAGCAGUACAAUCGAUACGAUCAGGAGCGCUUCACGAAGAACGACGCUCCGUCGGGCUUUCGAAUCGACACCACCAGCUCAUAUCACGGUCUCACGCUGAAGUCGGUGACGGACGGCUCUGCGCAGGCCAAGUCGCCCCACUCCCUGAAUGGCGGCGGCUCCAAUGGCCUGCGCUCCUCCCAGUCGGGCCUGCCGCAGAAGCCGCAGAAGCGCGUCAGUCGCACGCCCAUCAUCAUGAUUCCCGCGACGCCCACCUCGCUGAUCACCAUGUACAACGCCAGGGCCAUCCUCCAGGACCUGAAGUUUAUUGACUCGAAAAACUGUGAUCAACGAAGAGACAAUGAGGUGCUCAUUCAGAGGCGAAAAGCCGACAACAGCACCGUGCCUUAUCGGAUUGUCGACGACCCAAAGAAGCUCAAUCCUGAUGACUGGAAUCGUGUGGUGGCGGUGUUUGUUCAGGGUCCUGCAUGGCAAUUCAAAGACUGGCCUUGGAAUGGCGAGCCUGUUGAAAUUUUUGCCCGAAUCAAAGCCUUCCACUUGAAGUUUGACGAGAUGAAGCUCGACAACAACGUUGCCAAGUGGUCCGUGGAGAUUAUUGAGCUAAGUCGCAGUAAGAGGCACCUCGAUCGAGCCAACUUGCUCAAGUUCUGGUCAAAGUUGGACCAGCAUAUUAUCAAGUACAAGCAGAAUGUUGUUAGGUUUUAA